ACAAAACCAUAAAAGUGCUAAAUUAUUUGAUUUAAAUAUUCUAACAGUUAAAGGGAUGAUUCACCCCAAAAUGAAAAUUCUCUCAUCAUUUACUCACCCUCAUGCCACCCUUGAUGUGUCUGAAUUGUUUCUGCUGCUGAACACAACAAAGAGUCCAAACAAUGCAAAUUAAUGGGUAACAAAAUGCACAUAAAGGCAUAAAAGUAAUCCAUUAACUUAAGUGAUAAAAUCUAUAUCUACAGAAGUGAAAUGAUAGUGGGUGAAAAAAAAAUCAAUAUUUAAGUCCUUUUUACUAUUAAAAAAAAAAAAAAAAAAAAAAACUUUUCUCCUCCCUGCCCAGUAGGUGAAAAAACAAAAGAAGACUGAAGUGAAAGUGAAAGUAGAGAUUUGUGGUAAAAAAGGAUUUAAAUAUUAUUCUGUUUCUCACACACACCUAUCAUAUCGCUUCCGAAGAUUAAGAUUUAACCACUGGAGUCAUAUGGAUUACUUUUAUGCUGCCUUCAUGUACUUUUGGAGCUUCAACAUAUUGUCACCUAUUCACUUGCAUUGUAUGGACCGACAGAGCUGAGAUAUUCAUCUAAAAUUCACAUUGGGUCUAUUUUCGUUCCAUUUUCAUCCAAAGAUAAUGGAGUAGGAAAUGUAUAGUUUCCACCAAAAUACAGUCAUUAUUAUAGUAUCACAGUGAUAAAACCAUUACACGUUAAAAUGGGAACUCCUUCAAACAUUGUCAAAGUUUUCAUAAUCUUCCAUGGGAAUAAUCUUAGGUAUGCAUACAUACAUAAAACAGAUACACAUUCAAGCAUGAACCUGAUUUUAAAAUGUUACCGAAAGCUGAAAUCAUUCCCAAUCUUUCUAGUUUUGUUUACAUUGAGGUGGCUAAUACCAAAUUACCACAGUUCUUUUGUAGCAAUAAUAACAGUAGUAACUAAGGUAUUUUGGUGAAAACUAUGGUUACCAUGGAAAAUAUGUGUAUGGGUGAGUAUGGGGUCAAAAUUAAAACGAGAAGAUGCUCUUCCUCAUGUUCAAACCCCUUGUAAUGUGGCCCAGUGCGCAUGCGUGCUGCGGUGACUCGGGUCCAUGUGUAGGCAGCUGAGAGGAUCUUUAUUUGGCGACCGGAGCGGCAGCGCAGAUACGCAUGCUGAGGGGAUCCCUGGGAUACUUUUACACACAAAUACGAGGCUAAGUAACAACAACUUUACGUGUGGAGACCCCUCAGGAGACUAUUAAGCGCUUCAUCUUCUCGGUGAGAAGAUGUCAGAAGAUGUUGUGCGUCAGACGCGAAGUCAGAAGCGGGCGCUGGAGAGAGAUGCCCCUGCUGCAGACCCUGACUUAAAAAGGGUUAAACUGGAAGCUGUGGAUGGACUGAAGACCAGAAGCGAACCGGCCAACAAGGUGGCCAACAUCAUGAGGGACGGAGAAGUGAAGGCCACUAUCAAGGUGGAGGUGCAGACCGGUAACGAGCCCAUGGACAUGAGCACAUCCAAGAGUGAUAUAAAGAAAGAGCGACCUCUGACACCAGACGAUGUCAUUGUUCUGUCGGACAAUGAGCCUUCUAGUCCUUGUAUGAAUGGGGUCAUCCACAGUUUUAAGAAGAUGGAUACUGAGAUGCUAAUGAAGAGCAGCCCAUCCGAGCGUGAACGCAUCAUCAAGAAGCUGCAAGAAGAACUGCGUCUGCAGGAGGCCAAACUCGUCCUACUGAAGAAACUUCGGCAAAGUCAGACCCAAAAAGAUGGCGUACAAAAGUCAACCAAUUCUGUGGCUGCUCCUCCACCUCUUGUCAGAGGCAGCAUCUCAUCCAAUAAAGGACCCCUACAGGUCUCCAACCGAAACUCGGGGACAGUCAUUCCUCCUCCUCUGGUUCGAGGUGGAGUGCAGGGCUCCAAGCAUGGCUCCCAUAAUACAGUAGUCAUGCCACCCUUAGUCAGAGGCUCACAGCCCAUCGCAGUGACCCCACAGCAGAUUGCGACCCUGAGGCAGCAGCAGCAACAGCACUCUGGUUCUGGUCCUCCACCUCUACUGCUGGGCCCACGGACCUCUGUAUCCAGCGUACAAGUGCAGGGCCAGAGGAUUAUCCAGCAGGGCUUGAUCCGUGUGGCCAAUGUUACCAAUGCCAGUGUCCUAGUCCCGCAGGCAUCCCCAACUGGUUCAAAAACUUCCUCUCAAUCUGGUUUGGGCACCAGCACAUCCUCUGUCAAUGACUCUCCUGCCAGCCGUCAGGCCGCUGCCAAGCUUGCAUUACGAAAACAGUUGGAGAAAACCCUACUCGAGAUCCCACCACCUAAACCACCAGCAGCGGAGCUCAAUUUCCUGCCCUCUGCUGCCAAUAAUGAGUUCAUUUACCUGGUGGGGCUGGAGAUGGUUGUCCAGAACCUUCUAGAUACACUGGCUAAAAGUAAGCAGCCCCAGGCCGAGUUUGUGUCCACCCUGGCACCUAAGGAACCCUUCACGUGUGCCCAGUGCCAGACAGACUUCACAUCUCGCUGGAGACAAGAAAAGAGCAACAGCUCCACCCUGUGUGAGCAGUGCAUGAGCUCCAACCAGAAGAAAGUGUUGAAGGCGGAGCAUACAAGCCGUCUGAAGGCCGCCUUUGUCAAAGCCCUACAGCAGGAGCAGGAGAUCGAGCAUCGUAUUCUGCAGCAGGCCGCCACACCCGUCUCAAAGUCCACCACCACCUCAUCUUCAUCCUCCUCAUCCUCACCUGUGAUUAAAUCAGAACACAUGCUGGUGUCGCCACAGUAUAAGCAGGUUCGCACAUCUUUGCCCCAGCAGCAGAGCAACAGGGGAACAUCGGUCGGCCGCUACCACACCACCAUCAAACAGAACCAAGGGCAGCUGUCACGCAACGUACAGCAGGCCUUAAAUGCAGGUGUACGCGGGGUGAGCCGCAGCUGCUCCACGUCCUCUCAGCUCCAGAAUGCUGUCACGGCUGCCAUGCUGGUUAGUAGGCCUGGUAAGCAUGCUAUGAGGGCGGGGGACAAGGGCACCAGCAGCAGCAACCCCACCACUAAUACCUGGAGGAAACAGAACAGUGGGACCACAGGUGUCACCAUGGCUUAUGUCAACCCCAGCCUCUCUGUGCACAGGACAACUUCUCCGGUCGACCGUCAGCGAGAGUACCUCUUGGACAUGAUCCCUUCCCGCUCCAUUUCCCAAACGGCAAACACAUGGAAAUAAUGCCCCAUUCCACCUAUUAAAUGAUCCUAAUAUUUCUCAUAAUUAUAGUCCUGACUUUUGGACAUUUGGUUGGUUUUCAAUGUCAGACAACCAGCCAUUAAGCAAUAAUACAAUUAAAAAGAUAUAUUUUCUCUCUAUUUCUUUUGUUCUGAGACACUUGUACUGUCUGAGGUAAGACAUCCCUAUAGGCCAAUAAGUGUGUCCUAGAGGAGAACUGUACCGGGAUCAGUAAUAAAGGAGACGACACAAGGACCUUUUUUAUAGGCCUUUGUAUCCAACUACUGAAUCUCUCCAGUACCCUAGGGACUUUAGUGAUCUAAUACACAUGCAUGGUGGACAUGUCGCCCACCAGCUCCCAAUUUGUGGCUCCUAAUGGCUCUUCAAGUGGAGAAAUGUCUUUAUUAUGUGAGCUGCAUCCUUUGUUCAGAGUUCCAGAGACUGACGGACACAUUACACAUAGGAAGUGGAGAUGAUGAGACCGUAGACUUCCUGCGUUAUGCCAGAAAUUAAAUUUUGACCUUUUGUUGACCAUCUACACAAUUACUAAAGCUGUGAAAAGCUCAAAGGGACAGUUCACCCAAAAAUGUACAUUCUGUCAUGUUUCACUCACCCUUACAAUUUUAAUUUUUGGGUGAACUAUUUCUCACACCGUCUCUUGAACAGAUAUGGGAGUGUAUGCAUGUGUAUUUGAUGUCAACAUGUUUGUAUUUUAUUUUUCUUAGCUUAACUGUGGACUCAUUCCACCCUUUUUUCGAAAUGGCCUUUUUUUAAAGGCUUCAAGUUUAAAAGGCAUUGUUAUACUGUUGAGGUGGUUAUACAUCUACUGGUGUAAUGUAUAUUUUUGGAUACUUUGGGUUGUUUUUCUUUUUAAGCUUAUAAAAGACAAGAAUUGUGCAUCAGGGAUGGUUACAGAGAUGGACGUAACUAACUAAAGCAGCAGCCACAACAGGAGAACUAGACCUACAACAUUUGUUGAUAUCAGUUAUAAUAGGAAAAUUAUGUAGAGCUGAUAUUGCAUUACAUUUUUGAUUUACAGUUGUGAUGUUCUUCCCUACCCCAGGCUUUCUUAUAAAAGCAUCUAAUAUUUGGAUGUUGUAUUAUUUAUAAAUGUCACUUUAGAUGAAGGAUAUAUACCAUUAGCCCAAGUUUAAUACAUUUCUAAACCCAUUAUUUCUCCCCAGGUAGUUUAAAAGGGUUACGAAUUUAAGAUUGGACUGUAUUUAGCGUAUUUAAAUGCAAAGUUUUGCUAGUUCAUGCUCUAUCUACCAUUUUGUAUCCUGUUGGAAGUUGUGCAGACGGGCACAGCUUAAUCUUUCCUUAAAGGAAAUGUUUAAAAGCAUGACUGCUUAUUGAAUGUAGCACACAAUCACAAGUGAAUAGCAAAAUCAAAGUCCUUAUGUUCCUACCUGUUAGGUGGUGGUCACAUUAUAUUGCCAUCUAUUUUUUUUUUUCUCCCUUUCAUCUGAUUUGAUUUGCUAGCAGUACGCUUGGUAUUUUAGCUAAACAGGUAUGUAUUUUAUAAAUGACAGCUUGGGUCCUUGCAGUCCAACAAACAUGUCAAGUUUGUUAUGCUUGCUUCAGUUUUUGUUUUUCUCACUUUAUCUUUUUACAAUGAUCCAUUCAAAGAUCUUGAAUGCCUGUGGAGUGUUUCGGACAUGGAGGCCCUUGUUUCUGAGUGCUGUUCUGACUACUACUGCUGACAACUAACACCAUUCCAUUUUCCUGGGAGGCCAGCAUUGUUUAUCAUAUAGCACCCCUUUUAUGAAUUGUUUAAAAAAAAAAAUGUCUUUUGCAUUUGUUUCUGCUUUAUCAGUUAAUAAUUAUAAUAAAAACUAAUUUUA